AUGGCUUCCCCGGAACCACCUCGGUUCGCUGUCUCUGGGGCCCACCAACUCGACGAUGUCGGAAAGAGGAUUUUCGACAGCCUCAUUGCUUGUGUGCUAAUCUUUAACGACCCCCGACCACCGAAUCUCGAGCUAACCAUUGGAGGUUUCAGACCGAUGCCAGAGAUUGAUGAUAGUAUCCGCGACAACUUCUGGAAGAGAGUCUUUGCUGGUGGCUGGGCCACCGACAAGCCCAAUGUUUUGGAGCCUAGGUCGAAUAUGCAGGGAGAAUUUCCUCGCCGCAUGAUCAAGCACGCCAUCGUUGGCGAGUUAUCAGAUACCAUAGAGUAUGACGAAACAAAAUCCACGUAUCAGAGCACUGCUAUUCUCGUGGCAGCCAAACCGGAUAUCCAGAACGACUUGGUAGACUUUGCAUACUCUUACCAAAGCGGCUCAGUCUUCUCGGACUGUGAGAAGAGGCCCAUUUUCAAGGAAGACAGCAUGAACCAGCCCUCCCGAGUUCUAAAAGAUAAAGCCGAAGCCAUACGCGCUUGGGACGAAGCUCAGAUGGAAUGGCUUGGUGAAUGGAAUUACGAGAGAGCAACAUACGCGGCCCGACGCCAUCUAGUUGAUCUGGCUCGCUACUAUGGUGGGGAUGAUGACGGUGUCCUCUGUUGUGGAGAGCGUCAUCCGCUGGAGAGUCUAGCUGGGAUGAAGGAAGAAGAAACGCGACUCUUGAUAGCGAUCCAAUCGAGCCGCGAAAUUCUGAAGAGGACGAGGCUCAGACUGCUCGACAAGAUUGCUUCGUUUCGUGGCGAAAAGGGCGAGGAUGAAGCGAAAGGCACCAGGAGGAUAGCCUACGGUCUUACACAUGAGUCAAAUGAGUCUGACGAGAACUCAGAAGAGCUGACCAGUCAGCUUCAGUGUCUUAAAGAGUUGGCAGACACGACUGAACUCCUGGCCGAAGUCGUGAAAUAUCCUCCUCCGCCUAACAUUUGGUAG